GUGGGGUGGCACUCUGGGCAGGCUGGGUGAGCGGCCUUUGAGUGGCAUCUCUUUGCUCAGUGCCUAGGCUGAGUCUGUGGCACUGUCUGCCUGAGGAGCAUGUGAGCGAUGUUGUAGCUGUCACCCAGCUCACACCUCCUUCUGCCACAUCCUGCUCCUGUCCCCAAGGGCAUCCUUCUGACUGCAAAUGUCAUUCACGUAACCAAGCAUUAUAGGAUUGGCCGACGCAAUUAUUUUCCCUUCCCUCACCUCAUUCUGCCCCUCUCAUAUUACCUGGACUCCUGUCAGCCCCAGCGCGUGGCUCUCCUCACACUCUGGGCUCGCUGCAGGCAGCAGGACCUCUCCCUUCAGCUGCAAGGUAGUUCUCCUACGCAGUCUGUGGCAUCUCCAGUGUUGGAGGCUUUAGGAGCUCUUAGAGAAACAUCUAUAAGAGAUCGUGUCCUCCAAGAGGGAUGGUUGGCACCUUUGCUCGUCUCCUGGCUGGCCGUGCGACUGCUGCACUUUUUGCAGCAGCGGGCACAGGGGUGCUCACCACUGGGUACCUCCUAAGCCAGCAAAAUGUGAAAGCUACUACGCAUGAGAAGCGGAGGCUCUUCCCUCCCAGUGCUGACUAUCCAGAUCUUCGCAAGCACAACAACUGCAUGGCUGAGUGUCUGACCCCAGGCAUUUAUGCUAAGCUGAGGGACAAGCUGACUCCCAACGGCUACAGCCUGGACCAGUGCAUUCAGACUGGGGUGGACAAUCCUGGCCAUCCUUUCAUUAAAACUGUUGGCAUGGUUGCAGGUGAUGAAGAAUCCUAUGAGGUGUUUGCUGAGAUUUUUGACCCUGUCAUUAAAGCAAGACAUAAUGGCUACGAUCCGCGCACAAUGAAGCAUCACACUGACCUGGAUGCAUCCAAGAUCACCCACGGCCAGUUUGAUGAGCGCUAUGUCCUCUCAUCACGUGUGCGCACUGGACGCAGCAUCCGUGGCCUGAGCCUUCCUCCUGCCUGCACCAGGGCUGAGAGGAGGGAGGUGGAAAACGUCGUGGUCACUGCCCUCUCUGGGCUGAGAGGAGAACUUUCUGGAAAGUACUACAGCUUGACCAACAUGUCUGAGAGGGAUCAGCAGCAGCUUAUUGAUGAUCACUUUCUCUUUGACAAGCCAGUGUCUCCAUUGCUGACAUGUGCUGGGAUGGCUCGUGACUGGCCAGAUGCCAGAGGAAUCUGGCAUAACCAUGACAAGACAUUUCUCAUCUGGAUUAAUGAAGAGGACCAUACCAGAGUGAUCUCCAUGGAGAAGGGUGGAAAUAUGAAACGGGUGUUUGAAAGAUUUUGCCGUGGCUUAAAAGAGGUUGAAAGAUUAAUUAAAGAACGAGGCUGGGAAUUCAUGUGGAAUGAACGCCUUGGCUACAUUCUGACCUGCCCAUCCAACCUCGGAACGGGGCUCCGUGCUGGGGUCCAUGUCAAGUUGCCCAAGCUUAGCAAGGAUCCCAGAUUUCCAAAAAUCCUGGAGAAUCUGCGGCUGCAAAAGCGUGGCACUGGUGGUGUGGAUACUGCAGCUGUAGCAGAUGUGUAUGAUAUCUCCAACCUGGACCGCAUGGGUCGAUCAGAGGUGGAACUAGUCCAGAUUGUGAUUGAUGGGGUCAAUUACCUAGUUGAUUGUGAGAAGAGACUAGAAAGAGGUCAAGAUAUCAAGGUGCCAUCACCACUGCCACAGUUUGGCAGGAAAUGAUCUUGCUGCUGCCGACUGGUAAUCGGCUGCUCUUCUGACAGAAAGGCACCUCUGUAUAUCUCUGUACAAAUAGCUUGUGUAAUAAAGCACCGCCUGAUACUUAA